UUGCAGGCCUGUUCAGCGCCCUGCUACGCAAUACGGACAUCGUGCCGUCGGACAUGAUGGCGGCGCUGGUGCUGCUUCGGGUGAUGCAAAAGCGCGAAACGCGCGAGCUACGGCGCCUGCAGCUGCUGGAGAAGGACCAGCCCAAGUAUUACCUGGAUACUCGUGAGGUGUUUGCAGAGACACCAAGUUGGAUGUCCCUUGACCAUGCCCUUCAUUUCUUGAAGAUGUCAAUGGCAGCAUAUGGGUGGCCUUUUGUCAUGUAUCAGUAUCCAGCUACAGGCUUGUUUCGAAUGUGCCCGCAUAUGACGUGUUGUGCUUGCUUCAGGUGCAAGGCUACUGAAGUGAAAGAUGACAAUUGCUGUUUGUGUCAUCUGGCUGGAGUGCGAUACACAUCACAAGUAGACUACGAAGACAUUAUCUAUGCCUCCUUCAGCAAUGACAUGUGCCAGCUUCCAUUCUUUGUGCUGGCUGACCACAAAACUAGUAGCAUUGCCAUUGUAGUGAGGGGCUCUAUAUCUCUGAGAGAUGUAUUCACCGACCUCAUUGCAGGAGCAGACCUCUUUGAAGCUCCAGGUCUGCCAGAGAACAGUAUGGCUCACAGAGGCAUUUCUCUGGCAGCUUAUUACAUCUUAAAAACACUGGAAACCUCUGGAGCUUUGGAGAAAGCAUUCAUUCUUUACCCUCAUUACAAGCUUGUAUUGACAGGACAUAGUCUAGGAGCUGGUGUAUCAGUUUUACUAGCUCUUCUUUUGAGACCUCGGUAUCCUGAUCUCAAGGUGUAUGCAAUUUCACCUCCUGCUGGUCUUCUGAGCAGAGAAGCUGCAAGGGUUACAGAGGAAUUCACAUUUUCAGUUGGUAUUGGAGAUGAUUUUGUAAUGCGAUUGAGUGUUGACAGUAUUGAGAAUAUUCGAACCAAUGCUCUCAGAGUUCUCAAAUUCUGCAAGCUACCAAAGUAUCGAAUCAUGUUGAAUGGUUUUGGAUAUGCCAUAUUUGGUAUUCCAACUCGUGAUCUGGAGUCUACUUGGAAAAAUGAUUUACCAACUCCAUCAACUCCAGGCCAGCUGCCACUACUACUUAAUACACCACCAACUUCAAGCUCUGAUGAUUCACUGCUAUUUGUUAGAGACAUUUCUCAGAGAAGGUUCUCAAGAACUCACUUGUACAUUCCAGGAAAGAUUCUUCACAUCACUCGUCGCAAAAAAACUAAGCAAGAAAGGAAAACAAACACAGGAGGACCAACAUAUGAAAUGCGUUGGGCAGUGGCAGAAGAAUUUACUGAGUUUCGAAUUAUGCCUCGCAUGAUUCUUGAUCACCUGCCUGACAACAUUUACAAGGCUUUUGAGACUGUUCUUGAUGAACAGAAACAAAUUCGCAAGCGUGUGCCCACUGUUGCUGUUCUUUAGAUGAAAAGUCUGUAGCUUUGAAAUGUAAAAUAAUUAUGCAGAAGACUGUGACUGAGAUGGUUGGUUGUCACUUUUAAUGUCUCUCUUAAAUCCACAGCAAUUAAUUUGAGAAACAUGUUUGUCGAUAAUGUGAAAAGUGUACGGUAAAAGCUUGCCGUAAAUUUUUUAACCGAAACUUGUCAAUUGUGCUAUCAAGUAAAUAGCAUUUUGAUUUUAGACUUUUUUAAUACUCACCUAAUAAAAACAUAGAUAAGUAUCCAACCUCCAACCUCUCAGUCAAAAUUUGUUUCUUUACCCAAUGGAAAAAAUAACUUUUUUUCAAUAGAGAGGGACUUUUAUCAUGGUUGUGAACUUAAUGGGAGUUGCACUUUUCCAUAUUUAUCCCUGUCUUACAGCACUAAGUGCAACAAACGAAGAAGGAAAAUAAGUGUACUUAAGCCACAUCAAUAUCUCCCAAGACAAACCAAGGAUGUGGUAUUUGGAAUAUGUCUCAUGGUUUCCAUGAUAUUUUUAUUCAAGAAUACUCAGGCAAAGUGCAAGUCACUAAAGAAUGCUUCUCUUGCCAAUGUUGUAUUUGACUCUCUGAGAGCAAUAAUUAAUGUGACAGCAUCCAUGUACUUAACAUUCCAUUGUUCAGUAUUUUGAAACAUGCAGGAGUUAUGUACUCAUGUCAUUUUCAACAAAAAAUGUGUAAGAUAAAUUUCAAGAAGUGGCAAAGCUACUUAAAUCAUUGUGACAUUAAAAUGCCUAGAUACCAAGUGCAAUCUGAAAGGACUUAACCUUUUGAAGGAAUGCUGCAAAACAGUUGGUAAUAGAUCUGACAUAAAACUAAGGGUUUGAAAAUUAUCUAUCAUACUGUGAACUUUGUAAUCAUAUUAAUUCUCAAUAUGAAAAAAUUGUAGAUAUUGAUGUUUAGUUAUCCUUUCUUCUACUAGUAUUUUUCAUUUUGUUUAAAAGACUAUAGAAGUUUGACUGUCAGGAAAAAAUCAGAAGUAGAAUAACUUGUGAAGACAAUUUAGUAGAUCCUCUAUUUUAGCAAAUUACACUAAACUGUUCUUCUUUUUGUAACUCUUCAUUUCAGUGUAUACUGUAUAACAAAAUGAAAAUCUAGACUCCCAAUUUCUCAAACCCAAUUGUAGGUGACAAUAUGGAUGAUUAAUUUAGCAAAGAAACUUCACAUACAGAAAAAGAAUCAUUUUACCUGAAAAAUAUUUGUUUUGGAGUUUCAGGUAAUUGUCUUACUUGUGGGUUGUGGAUGUUAUAGACCCCUUGGGCACCCAGUGGACUAGCAGAUUUUCAUGACAAAAGUUAUCCAUGUUAUCUAAAGGCAUUGAUGUAAAUAAACAUUGUCACAAAAAUAUCAUUUGAUGUUGGAUGGUGGACAACAUAUCAAUCACAUACAAUUUCCUGCUACUAUGUCAAUUUUCGUCAGCACUUUGUCAUUCACUCCAUAAGAAUCCUAACAAAGUUUCUCUCCUCUCAUUACCCAUUUAAAGAUGUAAGAAGGAUAUUGUACUAAAAAUUUUUCACAAGUAACGAACACCUUUCAAACUUGCAAUGAUGGAAUUUUUAUUUAUAAAAGAAAUAUCAUUAAUUCUUCAUUCAACAAAAAGUAGAAAAAUAGAGAUGAGUUUAUAAAUAUUUUAAAGUUAAAAAUCAUUGGUGCGUUAAUGGUUUGUACAUUAAUGAUUUUUAAAUUGUAAUAAGUUGUGAAAAAUUUUUGUACUGCCUUUUUACACAAAAAUAUGGUCUCACUUUCAUAUACUAAAUAUAUUCAUGUAUAUUUUCAUUGUUAAAUAAAUAUAUUUAUACACA